CGCCCCGGGCCCCCCAAGCGCCCCGCGCGUGCCCGCCCGCCGGCCCCUGGCGGGGGUCUCACCCGCGCCGCGCGCCCCCGGUCCGGCCUGCGGCGUCCACCCUCCUUCUCCCGGCCCCGCCGCGCCUCCCGCUCGCUCCCGCCGCGCCCCGCGCCCCCGGCCCCGGGCUUCGGCCUCCGGCCCCGGGCGGCGGCGCGGCACGGGCGGCAGCAUGGUGGAGAAGCGCUGCCCGCUGCAGAGGGACGGCGUGUACCGUUGGUUCUCGGAGCUGCCGUCGCCGCAGCGCGUGGAGUUCCUGUGCGGCCUGCUGGACCUGUGCAUCCCGCUCGAGUUGCGCUUCCUCGGCUCCUGCCUCGAGGACCUGGCGCGCAAGGACUACCACUCGCUGCGCGACUCCGAGAUCAAGGCCAACAACCCUGCCGACCUGGGCAGCCUCACCAACCUGACAGACGAGGUGGUGCGCAGCAAGCUGCUGGUGUCGCUGGCGCUACUGGGCUCGGAGCAGCGCGAGGCGGCUGGCGUGCUCUACCGCACGCUCACGCACAUCGACUCCAUCAUCCACAACUACGGGCUGCAGCUCAACGAGGGCCGUACGGGCGAUGAGUUCCUGCUGCUCUUCACCAUGGCCUCCAACCACCCGGCCUUCAGCUUUCACCAGAAGCAGGUGCUGCGCCAGGAGCUCACGCAGAUUCAGAGCAGCCUGAGCGGCGGCGGCGGCGGCGGGGGCCACGGGGGCAAGAGCGCGCUGCCCACCUGCCCGUCCUGCCACAAGGUCACUCCAAGAACCGAAACCCCUGUCACCAGUGUCAGUAAUAGUUUGGAGAAUGCACUACGUACGUCAGCACAUUCCACUGAGGAGUCGCUGCCCAAGAGGACUGUGGGAAAACACUCCAAAGUGAGUGUUGAAAAGAUAGACCUGAAGGGAUUAUCACACAAAAAAAAUGAAAGAAAUGUUGAAUGUUCCUUUGAGGUCUUGUGGUCUGACUCUUCAGUAACAUCAGUAACCAAAUCUUCCUCUGAAGUGACUGAAUUUAUUUCAAAGUUAUCUCAGCUAUACCCUGAAGAAAAUUUGGAGAAAUUCAUUCCUUGCUUAGCUGGCUCAGAUUCGUUUUAUGUAGAGCGAAACCACAUGGAUCUGGAAGCGGACCUGAGGUAUUUGGCUUCAUUACCUUCUCACGUACUGAAAAAUGACCAUGUUAAGAAAUUUUUCAGCACUUCAUCUCCCACCCAACAGCUUCAAAGUCCAAGUCCUGGCAACCUUUCCCUUUCUAAAGUUGGUACCAUGAUGGGCGUGUCUGGAAGGCCCGUGUGUGGAGUAGCCGGCAUCCCAUCCUCUCAGAGUGGCGCCCAGCACCACAUGCAGCACUCAGCUGGCGCGGCCGCCUUGCCCCACUGCUCCCACACAGGGGGCGGGGGCUCGGCGCUGGCCUACCGGACCCAGAUGGACACCUCGCCUGCCAUCUUAAUGCCUUCCAGUCUGCAGACCCCUCAGACCCAGGAGCAAAAUGGGAUUUUAGAUUGGCUGAGGAAACUGCGUUUGCACAAAUACUAUCCCGUCUUUAAACAGCUUACGAUGGAGAAGUUUCUGAGCCUUACCGAAGAAGAUCUAAAUAAAUUUGAAUCCCUUACCAUGGGAGCAAAGAAAAAACUCAAGACUCAACUGGAGCUGGAGAAGGAGAAGUCAGAGAAACGGUGCCUGAACCCCUCAGCCCCACCCCCGGUCACCAGCAGUGGAGUGGCCCGUGUGCCCCCCACAAGCCACGUAGGGCCCGUGCAGAAUGUCCGAAGCCCCCACGCUGCAGUGCUGCGGGUGGAAGUGGAGCAGCCCCCUCACCAGACGGCCCGGGAAGGCAGCUCCUCAGAGUGCUCCAGCUCUUCCCCCAGCCCGAUGGGGGUGCAGGCCCGGGAAGAGAGCUCAGACAGCGCUGAGGAGAAUGACAGGCGUGUGGAGAUGCACAUGGAGGGUUCUGAUAAGGAGAAGCCUGUCAUGCUACUGAAUCAUUUCACUUCGAGUUCUGCCAGACCCACGGCCCAGGUUCUCCCUGUGCAGAAUGAGGCAGGCUCCAACCCUUCAGGCCACCACCCCCUGCCUCCACAGAUGAUGACUGCAGCCUCGCACAUUGCACCCAUCAGAAUGCUGAAUUCUGUGCACAAAUCAGAGAGGGGAGGCACGGACAUGAAGCUCCUCUCGUCUUCUAUGCACUCACUGCUGUCUCUAGAAGAAAGGAAUAAAGUCUCUGGACCAAGAAGUGGAAUCAAAGUGGACAAGAGUUUUGGCAAUGCCAUGAUGGAUGUGUUGCCCACGUCUGCCCCCCAUCAGCCCAUGCAGGUCCUCUCUGGACUUGCUGAGAGCAGCUCCGGGUCACCCACUAUCUCCUUUGGUCCCCGCACCAAAGUUGUCCAUGCGUCUGCACUGGACAGGGUGAUGAAGCCGGCCCAGCAGCCGGCCCUGGUGGUGGAGACUAGCACUGCUGCCGUGGGAACAUCCAGCACGGUCUUCCACGUGGCUCGGCCACCAAUCAAACUUCUGGUGUCUUCAUCUGUCCCUGCGGAGUCUGUCAUUUCUGGACAAACUUCCUGUUCUAAUAACGUGCAGAUCAGUGUGCCCCCUGCAAUAAUAAACCCCCGGACUGCUCUGUACACAGCCAACACCAAAGCUGCCUUCUCUGCAAUGAGCAGUGUGCCUGUGGGCCCCCUGCAGGGCAGCUUCUGUGCGAACAGCAACACUGCCUCCUCCAGUAGCCACCCUUCCCCAUCCUUCCCAAACAUGGCCACUGUGCCCAGCUGCCCGGCCCCCAGCUCCAGCCCUGCGCUCUCCUCAGUCCCUGAAAGCAGUUUCUACAGCAGCAGCAGCAGCAGCAGCAGUGGCAGCGGCUCCCCCGGGAACAUUCCUGCCUCUGCUCAGAACCAUCACCACCACCACCACCAUCAGCAGCCGGCGCCCCCGCAACCCUCACCUGGCCCGCCACCAGGCUGCGUCGUGUGCACAUCCUGUGGAUGCAGCGGGAGCUGCGGCUCUGGUGGCCUGACUGUCAGCUACGCCAACUAUUUCCAGCACCCGUUCUCGGGGCCAUCUGUCUUCCCCUUCCCCUUCCUGCCCUUCAGCCCUGUGUGUGGCAGCGGCUACGUGGGCACCCAGCAGUACGGCAACAGCGCCUUCCCGGUUGUGCACUCACCAUAUGGCAGCAGUGUGCCUGCCGAGCCCGUGCUGGGCGGCCAGUCCACAUUCACCGUCCCUCCCAUGCAGAGCUUCAUGGCAGGGGCGGCUGGUGUGUACCAGGCCCAGGGCUUGGUGGGCAGUAGCAAUGGUUCCAGUCACAAAAAGAGCGGCAAUCUCUCAUGUUACAACUGUGGGGCCACCGGUCACCGCGCUCAGGACUGCAAGCAGCCGUCCAUGGACUUCAAUCGGCAAGGUACUUUUAGGUUGAAAUAUGCCCCUCCAGCAGAAAGUCUGGACUCCACAGAUUGAUAUUUUUCUCUGGCAACAGAACACUAUUAAGCCAUGGAGACAUAAGGAAAAUUAAAUACAAAACUGAGAAGUCUAGUUGCUGUUGAGCUUAAUAUUUUUAAUCCAAAGGUGCUUUACUUUAUUAGACUGGAUAGAAAACCUAGCAUAGGAGUGCAUCAAACUCAGUUUUAUUGCCAAAAUCCUAGAUUGGAGCUUGAUGUCAGGACUUGCCUAGUGGGUAUCUCCACAGCAGGUGAAAUUGGCCACCUCCACCCUUGAUGGCAAUGCAGAGGCCUCCCGUCUCUGGAAGAGCAUUGCUGUCAUUGGUCCUUCUAGGCUCACACGUAAUUCCAGGGCAGCUACGCGAGAUCGGAAUCGAGAACUGAAGGUUGGAGUUCUCCAAGUGGAGUUCCACCAGUCGGACUCUUGACACCCCUGGGUGAGGGAAAAUGUCACCUUUGUUUUGUUUUGUUCCUAAAGUGGUUAGGCACUAAUUUCUGGGCUUUUUAGGGAUUGCACUACAGAAGAAUGUAAACUGAUGUCAAUCUCUGCAGUUCUGGAGACAAACUCCCUGAGAGCAGUCAGUGCAAGAUAUUCGGAGAAUCUGUCUUUAAAGAGUUGGCACCAGCAGGCUAGUCACUUUGUACACAACAGAGAUCUUAGCAUUUACUUCCCUCCGUAAAACACUUGGUAGCAGCUUCAGGUUUUUAAUUUUUUCUGCAAAUAAAUUUAAACUACGUUAUUAAGUAGAAGUAGUUACUUGCAACAACUUAAUUUCUAAGGGUCCAAGUCCCAGAAAAUCCCUAGUUGUCAAAGCUUUGAGGCCUGUCAUCUUCCACCACAAAGGAGCUCUUGCAGACACACGGUAACAGCACGGCCUUUGUGAGUUGGCUCUAACAGAUGCCAUCUAUCCUUAGCAAAGUUUUCAAGUUUUUUAAAAUCUUACAUAGCCUUCCCAAGGCUUACUGUUACAGAUUCACACUUGAGAUACACAUUUCAACAAUAAUACAGUCCUGUAAUUUAUGAGCGAAAGAUUUGAAAUUUUCUCCUGUUGACUUAUUUUGUAUUAGUUCUGUUGAAAACCUGGAAGGCUACAAUAGAAAAUGAUAAGACUCUAAAAGAGACCACACCAACAGGACAGAGCUACAG